AUGGCUUCUCUCGAUAAUAAAAGAAAAGACUCCUUCAGUUCCCGCCACCGUUCCCAUAAGGGCUGCUGGACUUGCAAGCGCAAGCGCAUCCAAUGCGACGAAGCCCGCCCCGGCUGUGUCAAGUGCAGCUCGCGCGGUCUCACAUGCGAAGGCUACGAGAUUCGACUGCGAUGGGGCGCAGGGAUUGCUUCGAGGGGUCGCUUUAAUGGCGCGCAGAAGCCAGUGCAAGAGUCCAUCCCGCCCCAUUAUAAACGAAGAUGGGAUUUAAGAGCCAAAACAGAGAAGAGUGAAGACGAUAAACAAGGACAGCCACUCUUAUUGCUCGAAGAAGAAUUUGCUCCAGGUACGGCUAUCUUUUGGGUUCAUUUUCGGGAAAAUUCGAGACUAUGA